UUACGAAAAGCGAAAACAAAACAAAAAACAAAUAACGUUAAAUGAAUGAAGUUGAAUUUUAUAGUAAAAAAUAAAAAAAUAACUUUUAUUUCGGUAAAUAAAAUAAAAAUUUUAAUAAGAAAAACAAAUGUUUGCUUUAGCUGAACUCAAAGAUACCAUACGUAUAGCACCGGAACAGUUUAAUUUGAAACUAAUAGAAGCCAUUAGAGAUGAAAUAAAUCGCAAAUUGGCCAAUAAGGUACUUUUAAAUGUGGGUCUUUGUAUUGCUUUAAAAGACAUUGUGUCUUUAAAAGAUUCCAUUAUUUUACCUGGAGAUGGAGCCUCACACACCGAAGUCAUAUUUCGUUAUAUAGUUUUUAGACCCUCGAUUGGUAAUGUGAUAACCGGCAAAAUACGCAGUUGUAGUCAUGAAGGUGUUCAUGUUACUUUGGGCUUUUUCGAUGAUAUUCUUAUACCUCCUACCGCCCUACAACAUCCUUCACGUUUCGAUGAAACUGAACAGGCUUGGGUUUGGGAAUAUCCCUUAGAGGAUGGUGGCAAACAUGAUUUAUUUAUGGAUAUAGGAGAACCUAUUAAGUUUCGUGUAUCACGUGAAAUAUUUGAAGAAAGUUCACCCAUAGGUCCGCCCAACAAUGAUAAACCUGGAGCAUCUGCAGCAAGUACAUCGGCGGCGGCAGCUGUAGGUGGUCAGAAUUCGGAAUCAAAAACUCCCUAUCGUAUAAUUGCCGCUAUUAAUGAGUCUGGUUUGGGUGUUUUAUCUUGGUGGGAUCAGCAACAGCAAGAGGAUGAAGAGGCGGGCGCUGAGGAGGAAGAAGAGGAUAAUAAUGACUAUGAAAAUGACGAAAAUGGCGAGGGUGCCUACGAAGAGUGAUGGACAAUGUUUGUAAAUAAAAUUAAAGAAAAAACAAAAAAA